AUGGACGACUCCUCGGAGCGACGUCGUCAUCCGAAACUCGGAGAGAUGGUGAGUCACACUGUGGAAGACUUUUCAGAACAUGUCUCGAGGCGCUUCAGUUGAUGGAUCGACAAAAUAUCAAUACCGCCUUCAUGAAACUUUUUCUUUUGGUCUUUUCAGUCUGAUCAUCGUAAUUUACUCAAAUUUCGAAAUUUUCAAAAUGAAAACUGUUUCCUGUGUUUUUCACGACUUGAAACGUGAUAUUUUUAUUUUUUAGCAUAUAGUCUGCAAAAAUCUGCACAACUUUCUAGUUUUCCAGGAUCAAUGGAUCGAAGCCCGAAAAAAAAACCUAUUUCAACGUAUUUUGACAGUUUUUUUCGAAUUCAAAGUUUUUUUUCUCGAAAUCUAAGUAGUAAUAAGGUCGGGAUGGUCAGGGUUUUCAUCUAGUGUUUCAAAUAGUGUUCUGGCCAAUUUUUGGGAAAAUCCCAGCCGAAUAGUAAAAUCACUCUCUUUGUCAGAAGUACAGCGAGGAAUUAUGAACAGUUCUCAAAGUUUAUUUUUCUCGAUUGAAUUCACUUCCUCUUCCAUGUCUCAGAACAUUUUCUGAGUUGCUAGUGAAUUCUCUAUUCAUAGACGACAAAAUGUGACGCCUUGUCAUUCCGCUUUGAUAGGGCCAUAAAUGGGAUGAGAGACCGAAAUUUCGGUAAAUACUUUUUCCUUUGAUAAAAAUAAUUAAUCGUAAUCAUGCAGAAUUUCUGAAAGGUUUCAAACCUUUUAUCCAAUUUUUUGACUAUCAAUUUUUCUAAGUCCUGACUAUUCGACGGCUAGAGCCUGAGAUCAGAUAUGUUUAACACCCAUUCACUUCAAAGUUCCAAAAAAUCGUUCCUCGACUUCCCUCCUUCUCUUCAUACUAAAGUCUUUCAUGCGUUCAAAUCGCAAAACUUCCUCCAAGCUCAUAACUUUUUUGAACCUUUUUUCACCUUGCACUUUUAUUUUGUAAAGGGUCAAAAUUUAAAUUAGAAGUAUCACUCCUGAACACUGAGUCAGCCAAAAUAUUUUGUGUGAUUUUCAUGACUGUAAUGAACGUUUGUAAAAAUUUUUAACUGAUAGAAAAAAAAACGCCUUGAGCAAAAAUGAGCAUUUUUAAAAGGCCAACGCUUCCCAGUGGUUUUCGCUUUCAAAAUUGAAGUAGACUGACCUUUUUUCGCAAAUAUAACUUGCACCUGCUCACUUUCGCAAAGCUUUUUCUUUCUUUUCAUUAUAUAUAUUUUUCUACUUUCUGUUUGCUUUGUUUGUCCUUUUCUGUUGAUGUUGGCUCUAAAAAAACAGCGUUUGUUUUCUUUUGUUGAAUGCCGUUUUUUUAAAGAAUGAAAAUAUCUUUUUUUCUCAUUUCCCAAAAGAAGAAGAAAAAAAGUUUGAAAAAGUUGGCUUGAACGUGAAAAAUGGUCGAUUGGUCACGCCAAUUGUCUUGCCAGCUCAAAUUGCUCCAAAUUGACGUUCUUUUGCCCUUUUUUUGUUCUCUUUCUAUGGAUUUAGUGGAAACUUUUGUUUUUUUCAAAGAGGUGUACUUUCUGAAGUUUGAUGGACAUCAGCUUUGUUUUCUUUUCCGAAGAACAGGACUGAAAAUAGCUAUUUUCUUUGAGGCCUAAGUCCCACUUGUCAGGCUUGUUUUCGACUUGAAGAACGUCACUUCUAAAUUUUGAAUUCCGAUUUCUAGGCUCCCUCGGGGCAAAAACAGCCACGGAACUUGACUUUUCCCAUCCGAAGCUCGUCUUUUUCUUUGAAGGAUACGAUUUUGAAAUGUUGCGCUUUUCUUUUUUGAGUUUUCCCUGUUCGACUCGGUUAAAACUAACAAUUUGAAGAUUCUUGUGCGAUUUUUUCGCUGUUUGUUCUGCUUGUCUGUUUGAAACUUUCUCUCCUUUCAUUCAGCUUUCAAAUAAUCUUUGAAGAGAUUUAUUUCUGUCUCUAUAGAAUUCAAAAGAAAAGGAUCUAACUUCCACUCGCGAGAAUGAUAAUCUCGGAAAGGUGGAUUUCUCGGGCUUAAAAAAGUUCAUUUACCACGGAGUUUUGUUCUUGAUAUCUCCUCCACCCACAUUAUCAUAUAUUUUCAUUUUUCUCUCAAAGUUUCUCACAACGUUGUUCCCAACAGAUUCAAUCUUCUUAUUCUGUUCUCCCAUUUAAAAUAAAACGAUUAUGCUCCGAAAUUCGAAAAAAUCCUUGUUUCGAAGUGUUUACGGCGUUCAAAGAACACAAUUUUUGUUUUAAAAGGUUUUUUUCUUUUUGAUUAAACGCGGCAAGUGAGAACAUUGAUAAAAAUAUUGGCUGUUUUCACGAUAAAAUCUGUAAGGUACAAAGUUUCCCAAAAACGAACCUUUGAACAUUCUUAAUUUUUUUAAUGCUGAUUUAUACAAAAUCUUAGUAGUUUUAGUAGUUGAAACACGGAUUAAUAAGGCCUUUAUCAUUUAUUAUCAUUUAGGCGGGAAAAAUCUCAAAAAGAAAACCACAAAAAAUGUGUUUUGGCUUUUCUGCGCGUUUAACACAAUUUCCAUCUAUUUGGACACACAUUAUCUUAUUGUGAAUAUUUCUUUUUCAGUCAAAAUGAAGUUUCAGAUGAAGAACACUUUUGCGAGAUAUUCACUGACGAUUCCCACGAUCCCUGAGAACGUUAUCUCUCAACUCCGACAGUGGAACGAAUGGUCAGUUUCUCGUAAUUUCGUUUUGAAACAAAGUUCAUAGAAUCUAAAUGAUCUAAAUGCUUUCUGGUUCAAAGUAUCAGAAGACAUAGAUUUCAUGGGAAUAUUGCCCCUUUUCAUGGGAAAGUUUAGCUGAAAACUGCAGAUUGCAAUUAGAAUGUGAAUAUUUGCUUCAUGGAGGGUUUUAGUCAUAAUUUGGAUUCAAGUCCGUUCUUAUUUUCUCUUUUCUGCAGUUUACACUCAUAGAAAUUGGACUAAAUCAAAAAGGUCAACCGUUGAAAUGCUCUGGAAGUAAUACUAAUAGGUUUAUUCCCUGCAUACUGUUAGAAAAUAAUAAUUAAAAUAGUUCAGAACAAAAGUGAGCCAAAACUAAAAGCCUUAAAAGCCAAAUUGUUUUACUUUUUAAGGCAAAUUUGAUGAGACGUUUUCUAAUUUUUUCGCAGGUUUGCUAGAACUUUUCAUUUUCAGACUUUCCAGCAGAUCUAAAUUAUUGAAAUAGCGAAAAGAAAUUGAAAUUUCUUAGCUCUUUUUUUGAUUAGGGAAAGGAAUUAUUUGUAUAUUAGAAAAAGGAUCUAUUAACGAAAUGGUUUGAAAUUGGAGUUUUCAAAGGAAUUUUGCUAUCCAAUCAACCUUCAAAAUUUCCUGAAAACACAUACAGAAAAAUAUUUCAGACAAUGGAAAUAUGAUAGGAGUAGGCGUUACAAAGAUCUCUCACUGACGUAAAUCAACCUUGUGGCGUACAACCUUUCCCUCUUUCUCAACUCUAACAAUGUCGUAAGCAAAAAAAUGACGAAUACUGGUAGAAAAAGCACGGGAGAAUAUGUUCGAAAGCCCCGAAGGAGAGUUUUUUUCUUCAAAAAAAUUUGUCAUUUUGAUCACAUUAUACCUCUUCAGAACACUUUUUUUCUCUUUUUCAUUUUCUUCUUUUUAUUGAAUCACUUAAAUAGAAUUUUGAAACUGUCCCUAGGGAUUCACUUUGAAAAAUGUCGGAAAAGUUCGUUUUUCUUUUUCCUUUUGUUAUCUGAAGCCUAAAAAAAGCUUAAAAGAACGUUUAGAGAACAAAUGAACUUUCCGAACCAUUUUAGAGGGUCUUUUUCAGAAGAAAAUAGAUUCAACUAAACUUUCUUAGUUCAGGGGGUGAUCAUUAGAAAAACAAUUUUUUUAGUUAAGAAUAACGAAUAAAAAGGAAAGAGAAGGUUAGAAAAAAAUUUUUGGAAAAUGAAAAUAACGUUUUUCUGAUAGGAAUGAAAAAAAGGAUUUCUCUAGAAAAAAAUUAUAACCUCUACCAUUUUUUUGGUUCUGAGCAACGUUUAAAAAAAUUUCAAUAUUUUCGAAAAAAAUGUAGUCAUCAAUCUUUUGAAGCAGUGUACCAUGAGAAGAGGUUUUUGAUGCGCUUAAAAAAAUUUGAGUUUAAUUUUUCUUCGGAUGUCACUGAGAAUAAAUUAUAAAAAUGGAAUCGACAAUAAACUUCUUCAAUCAAAUUUUCGAAAAAAAAGUUAUUUUUUAGCGUUGUCGCUUCUGAGCAAAGAGUUCGAAAGAGCAAGGUUUCUAAUUUUUGAAACAUUUGAAACGGAAGGAAAAGGUGGAAAAAAGGGCUCUGGAGAUGACGUAGGUGUCGGAGAGGGAAAAUUCACUGGAUGGCCUAUAAAACGUUGCCAAAGCCCCGGAGCAUAUCGAUUGCCUUGGCUUCUGUCGGCUCUCCACGGCUUCUGUCCUGCCUCACCUUUCGACGCCCUUUUUUGCACCUUCCACUCAGGUUUUAUCGUCCCGAGCCACUUAUGUUUAUACUUUGAACCUUUUUGAGCCGUGUCUGACUUAGGAGAAACAACAUUAUCGCCGGAAGCAAUCUUUGCUCUUCUUAUGACGCCUUGGCUUAAACGGGGGGCUUUCUUCCCUCUUUUUUUUCUUGUUUCAGACUCUUGACCCGCAAUAUUUCAUUUCAAAUGGCUCGUUUGCAAAAAGACAAAGAGAACGCUUUUUUUUCUCAAGAAAUCGAGCUAAUUUAGAGCUAGACUUGUUUUGCAAUGAAUUUUUCACGAGCGAAGGAGCAAAACUGACAAUUUGAGCUAAUCUACGAGAUGUCUUGUCAUUAUUUUGGCGGUCAUUUUCUGAAGAGCCAUUUUUUCUCAGAAAUGUUGUUAAUUUGAAGCGAGAAGGGUUUUCAAAAGUUUUUCAACAAGGAAUUCGGAGUGAUAGAUAGUUCAGGACUAGCUACCGAGCUAAUUUGUUUGGAAUUAUCUUAUUUUCAGAAGCCUUCUUAUGAAAAGUUACAAGCUGAUUUUCAGCUAGAAUAGUUUGUGAUGAAUUUUCAACUUUAAAAGCGCUAUUAUUAAAAAUUUAGAUUAAUCUACAUAAAUUUAAAAAAAUCAUUGAGUUUAUGUUUCCCUUCCGAUAGUUUCCAUUUUUCAUCAGUUUUUUGAUGCUUGAAAUUGAAUCUAUUUUAAUCCAUUGUGAAAAGAAAGUUAGAGUACAUAAGAUAGUAGGUAGAGAGCACAGAAAAAAAAACACAAAAUUGAAUAAAAAAUUUGUAUCUGAACAAAUUGUUCAUUUUUAAGUUGAUUUUCGGCUUUCAACUUCAAGUUCAAACAAAUAUUGAAACGUAAAUUUCUUUUCAAAAUUCAAUUGAAUUUCCUGAAAAGGUCUUCUUUUUUUUCUGUUGUUUUAAAAGUUUGGGAGUGUGAUUAAUAUAACUCCUAAUUCUGAUUUCCGUGAUGCAGAGUUUAUCAUUCGAGCUAAUCGUCUUGAUAUGUUAUCAUCGUUCUGGGCUCAUCCUCUAAAGGACAUUUUCCUUCUUUUUUCGCGAAGUUGACACAUUUUUUUUUGACUUUAAGCAUACUGGACAGUUUCAAUGGGUUUUUCGAGUAUUUCCUUAAGGUUCUUUUUUCAAUACUGUAGCGAUGUGAUAGACAAUCAGACGUAAAAGGGCAUAUUUGUAAGACUUUCCUUUAGUCUAUUGUGCUAGAGCUUAUCUUUUGCAGCCGUUGAAUGACCAAGGAUUCUAUUUUUGUUGUUCUGUUUUGAUAUGUUAUCAUUCUGUUAGGUACAUUAUACGUGGGCGUUUUUUUCUUCAGGGAAACGACUUUUUUUCGCUUUCUUGGGUGGUCCCAGACCUACGCGAAUGUCCUUUUUUCGUUUUUCAAUUUCAUCUGACAUUGAGCCUUUUCAAUGCUUUGAGGGCUCUUGAUGACCACUUAUUUGCGUCUCUUUUUCGUCAAUUGCUUCCUGAAAUUUUUUGGUUUUUUUUCAUGAUCUUUUUCUGACUUCUGAAUAUGGUUUUAAAAUGAGGAUAGAAAAUAAAUUUUCAGAUAGAGGAUCAGCUCAAAAACCGCAGAGAAAGUUUGUAAAUUUAACAAAAAUCUGCUUCUAAAGCGUUGAAAAAAGAAAAAAGAAAAAUACAGUUUUGAGAACCCCAUUCUUUCAUUCUGUGCUUCAAAAAAUGAUUUUUUCAAAUUUUUAGGUGUUUUUCUUAUAUGCUAUACUAGUCCUCUACUAUAUUUAAUUUGUUUUUUUUUUUGCAAAACUGUUUUUUGAAAAAUCUGAAAAAGUUGACAAAGAAGGCUCAGAAGCUCUUAGCAGCUUUCCUCCUUCUGGAUCUCAACUAUAUUUUAUGUUUUUUUUUUCCGCGAAAGUAGUAAAUAAGUAAAGACCAAGUUGGAGACUCGUAAAACAAGCCUCCGAUCCGAAAAUCUGGGCUUCUUUCUCGGGAUUUGCGUGUCCGAAACUAUCAAGAUGUCUUUUCGCCUUUGUUCUCUUUUUUUUCUUCUCAUUUUCAGUUCUGCAAAAGAUUUCUUCCCGAACAGCCGCUAUAAAAAUUCGAGAAAAAAAAUAUAUAUAUAUGUAUAUAUAUCGGUACUUUUUUGAAAGUAAAAGUCUAUUCUCCACGGGUCGAUUGUAAAAUCAGGUUGAUGAAGAAGGCGUUUUUUGAUGAACUCGCUGAAAAAUAGAGAAAACUAGGAAUGCUCAAGAAAGUUGAGGUUUUCAAAUGCAUGCCUGGAAAGAAGACAGUUAAGGAUAAAAAACCCGUUUCAAGUUCAUGAAAACUAUGAUUAUCCACCAAAAUUUGAGAUAAAAGUAUACUUUUGCAAAAGGUUUUGGAUUUAUGAGAACAGUAUAAUUUUUAAAAAAAGAGGUGAUUACCUACAAUUUAGUCCUCCUCAAUUUUUAACAAGACAAUACGGCUUUCAAGUCGUUUUCGUGUUUUUCCCGUUGAUUUUCCAAAAUUUGCAUUAGAUCAGACUUCAGCCAGCUUUUCACAUAUUUUUUUCCUGUUCGGCUCCUAAGAGUUUAUCCAUUAUCCCUUGCUGGACCUAAGCCAAUGAUCAAAGUAGUCUCGAAAAUUCUACGAAUAGGCUUGGAAUAAAUCAAAGAAAAGCAUGAUAAAAUUAACUGCCGGAUUUGCGCUGACGUUGUUCCUACGUCACGUUCCUUUUUGCAAGGGCAGCCUUUCAAAAUUACCUUUUUUUUUCUUUGAGUUGGUUAAGAUAAAUUUCACAUGGUCCUAUAUCUAAAAAUAGUAGAAUUUUAGGUUGCGAAUUCAAAUUACGGAAACUUUAGCACCUAUUGAUGAACUAUUACUUUCAGCAGUUGAAGUUCUUUUUAAUAUUGGUAAUCAGAGUGGUUCUUUUGCGAAAACCCCUUCAAAGUAUCCCGAGGAAAAUUUUGAAUCGAUUGAAUUGUUCAAUAAUUUGCAAAAGGAAGUAUGAGGGGAUUUUUUUUGUAAUAUCUGGUAAAAAGUUUUAUUUUCUUGUGAAAGCUCAAAUCGAAUUCAAAAAUCAUUUAAAACUCACAUUCAAGCACGGGUUUCGACUUUGAUAACAAAACACUUCUUUCAGGCUUUUUCGUAAAUCUCAAAAUUAAAUGCUCGAGUUUCCAGUUUUUCAAGCCUGUUUUAAGGAAGUCCCACUUUGUUUCAAGUUCUUUUUUAUUAUUGAUGUUCAUUUCAUUUUUCAUGCAUGGCGGAAUUUUUCGGCAUUUCACGGAAGGUUCUCUGAGCAUAGUAACUCUUUUCCAAAUUGUUUGUUUAUCUCUGAUUUUUUUCGUGGAAAUUAUACUUUAGGUUCAUCGAGUUUCCUGGCUGAAUUACAGUUUUUGAAUCGAAUUCCUAAUUUUAGAUCCUUAUAACCUCAUGAUUCGCCUUUCUCAAGAAGUGAGGAUGAAGCUUUAAGUUUUUUUACGAUUGUGAGAUCCUUUAUUUGACUAUUCCGGACGCAAAAAAGUUUUUUUUUUCAUUUUGUGAGAACCCGAGCUUUUUUCACUCAAAAAAUAAGUCUCCCCAGUUUGAGCUCUCAAACUAUAAAUGAGAAAAAUCUAAUAUCUGUGCAGAAAGUUAUCAACCUGCGGAUCAACUGCAAUAAAAGUCUCCUACAAACGAAUUUCGCCCGAACGGAAAUUCCAAUUUCCAAACAAAAUGUAAUCAGCUGCCCGAGAGAAAGAGAAAUUGCCCCAGCUGCUCAUAUUUUUCUCGCUUUCACCUAUAAUUCACCUUUUCCAACUGAAAGGUUGACUAUUCGUUUUUGAACUUUUUCUAGUUUUCUUCUUGGGAUUUUCUUUACCCUUUCUAGGAAAAAGUCUUUCAAGAAAUUUUAUCAGUUCUUUUGUAUGAACUUGAUGGCACUUUUAAAAUUAUUAAAGCUGGAUGGAAGUCCAUUUUUUUGUAUCAAACGGUUUUUCAGAAGUUACUUAUUUACUUUUUUGAUGACCUUUUAUUUAAAAUAAGUUUAGUGAUGCAAACAAAAAAUUCUUUCGAAACUAAAGAGAAGAAGAAUCUUGAAAAAUUACUCAAUUUUGACCCCAGCCAAAAGUUAAUGUUUUUUUUCUGUCGAAAUGAUGAGUGAAGUCAUCUGUUAAUAAUUCGUUUCUCUAAUUUUCACUGCGAUUCAUGCCAAAACCCUACUUGGAAUGUGACGCCCUUUUUUCAUUCAAAAUGCACAUUUUUUUUCGGUUUGGCUUUUUCGGCUUCUUCCUUGUCCGGACAUUCCAAUGAGACCAAAAUGUCCCGUUGGAGAUCGUUUUCAAUCAGGAAGAGUGAAAAAAAAGGAGUUUGAAAAGUUCUAAGAAUUAUCUGAAAGUUAUCAAUAGAGCGCAGUUGUGCUUUUUCGUCACUUCACAACGUUUUGAUUGCCUAAUAAAAUUUCAUAGUUUUAACAACGAUCAGCGGGAAUAAAUUAUAAGAAAGCCAGAACAUUUUUUUAAUAGUUCUUGAAAGGGAUUUUUCAAUUGGAAAAGUUCAGAUAUGACUUUUAAGUGGUGGUUUUGGGUUUUAUUAAAUUGAAAUUUGUUCGCUCUUUGUGAAAUUGAUUUUCUCUAAACUGAAACCCAGACAUUGAAAAUAAAAAUGAUAACCGUGAAUUUUUAAGUUCAGUUUCGAAUUUAUUGCAGUGAUCACUUCCAAUCAUUUUCACGAUUGAAAAAAAUAAUUACAACUUUUCUUUGUGAAUACUUUUCAGACCUUCUUCCUCAUUUUUUAUUGGCUCAUCCUCAAGUCCAACCUGUCAGACUUCAUCAGUUGGAAAUGCACUGAAUUGAUCUCAUCAGGACCUCUUUUUCUGAGAGGCGAAUCUUUAAGUCUAAGAUCCCAUCCUAGGCUCACCUUUUUUCGCGUCUGCUGGCAAAAUUGUAUGAAGCCGUCAGAGGCGUUUUACCGUGUUAAGCCACAAAUUCCUACCUUUUUUGUGGUCCGUGGGUGUUAACAGGUACAAUCGACUUGUUUGUAGGGCUGAAACCCACGCAUCGCACCCGCCCCAUUGUUUUUUCUCUUCUUUUUUCGGAUCCGGUACUGGGCUUCGGCUACAAUUCGUGAUGAAGGGCUUACAUAAGCGAGGAGUAUUCGCGAAAUUGUCAUUUCUCCGGCGGCGGAUUUCUGAGGAUUUUCCGUUUCGACCAAAUCCUCGCCUCGGCUAUCCUGACUAUUCUGUUCCAAUUCCUGAGAUCACUACCCUUUUUUGAGGGGUCGAAAUUAUGUUGAGUAUAUAGCCGCGGGUCGGCAGCUUCUUCGUAAAAAUAAUUUCGGUUAAUCAUCAUUUUACCAGUUUGUUUCCAAUUAACUUCUUCAUCAGCUAGAUCAAAGACGAUUUAAAAAAAAGACAAUCUUUUUAGAAGAUUAUAUUCUUUUUCUAUCAUAAGAAGAGUUGGGAAAAUAAUUAUUAGAUAAAAAGGCUUAUCUAAAUUUUAUCUUUUUGUUCAUGAUGCUCCAAAUUUUUAAAAAAACUGUCCGUCAUUUACAGUUUCUAAGAAGAAAUGUCAGUUUUUUUGAAUUUUCAAAUGUACAUGGAAGAAAAAAAGAAAAAGUUUUUAAAAAGUCUGAAUUCUGUUUUUACUAAUGAAUUUUUCAAAGAAUAAUUUCGAAUUUUUUUCUAUAAGAGAGGCUCUUUUUUUCAUUUUUUUGCGUUCCUUCCUGCUCGGGUCCAUUCCAAUAUACCACCUGUCAAAUUCCAAAGAUUUAUGUUUUCCCUCUUUCAAGCGCAAUUUGUUUUGGUUGCUCCUCAAUUUUUGUGUUCAUCGGGAGCUGUCCUGUCAAGCAUGAAAUAACUACCAGCCACAAAAACAAUCGGUCCAAUUUUUUAUUCCUCAGCAUUUCCAUGAGACCUUGAUAUAUUAUUCGCCGAAAAAAAAAGAACUUUUUGCACGAUAUUCUGACUUUUAUCAAAAGCUUCAUGUUCAAUUUAUUCUCCGAAACAUGCAUAUGCAUUCAUUUCAUUGGAAAUGCAGCCGGCUAGAAGCGAAAAAAAUUUGAAAAGUUCCCUUUUCGAUGUUUCUCUCGCAGAAGAAGCAAAGGUCCUUUUUUCUUUAUUUUUUAUUGGAACGAUAAUAUAGUGAAAAAUAGCCGAGUGAAAAUAGAAGAAGAAUGUUUCUAAAGCUGUAGCGCUUUAUGGCUAAAUUUAAAAAAAAACGGUCAAAUCGAAAAAAAGACAUGAGAAACUCUUUUUUGGAAAAGCCAAAAUUCGAAGCUUCGUGGACUUUAAUGUUUCGAUUCCUCUGUAGAACGCUUAGUUCUUGUCAAGAGCUCAUUUCAAAACGGAUAAAUACCAUUCAAAAAGUGGAAAGUUUCAGAUGUACUCCACUUUACUUGGAAGACUCUGAGCCAUUGAGUGAUAGCUCAGGUGGUGUGAACGCCACUUUAGUGGUCACUUCAAAAGAAUUUAUUUUACGUUUCGUGCCAUGACAAAGUUCAAUCCGUUAUCAUUUUUCGGAAUUCCCUAGAAUUUUUUACUCUCUUUCAAUUUUUCUCCUUUUCAUUAUUUUUCUCCUUUGUAGAACUUUCACGAGAUUUUUAAAAGUUGACUUCUGACGAUGAACGGUUUUUUCAGGAUGAUGGGCGACGGAGAGCAGCCGCCGCGGGCGACGCGAGCGCUGCUGUCGGCGGCGUCGAUGGUCCGACAGCAGUCGGAUACGACCGGAGUCCGUCGCCUCGUCCGCGCUCAGGCCAUCCACGACGACGACGCCGCUCCCACCAGCUCUCAAGUUCGUUCUGACAAGUGUCUGACUCCGUUUGGAUCCUUUUGAAAAGAAUCUCAAGUUUCCGGAACGUUCAACCUAAAUACUUUUUCAAUCAAUAAAUUAAUCAAUACUUUCCUCUUUUGUUAGUAGAUGUAAUGAACUGGAAGCUGAUCAAGAAGAUUUCAAGUAAUCUCGAACAACCGCCUUUGGCGAACUAGAAGCCGACACGUGUAGUUGAUCAAGUUGAAUGCACGAUCGUGAGAACCUUCUCCUGAUUUUUUUGCGUAGUUCAUCCAGCUGCGCCUUGAAGGACCCAGAGUGUAACGGAUACUGUAGCUGGAGCCUCUAGACCGUGCUCUAGGUGGAAGCCGCGUGAUAAGAGCGACGAAAGAAGAGUUAAAAGUUCACACGGAGAAAUUGAAUGUAUUUGACCUCGGAAUCGAGGUUCAAUAAUUCAUUAAAGACUGACCGAGGUCGAGUUCUAACAGAACAUUGAAAGUAUUGGCGAAAAAAUAUAAAUAAUGAAGAUAUUCUGACGCCAUGGUUUUAAUUUAUGAGCUACCAGGGUUUGAAGUGUAGAAAAUAGUCCGUUCAGGUUUUAAUGUCAAUACAUCUCUCAAGCUCCGCCCCUAAUGCCGUGAUGAGCCAAUCAGAAUGCUAAUACUCCAGAGAGGAGUUUUUAAUGACGUCAUUGCGCUUGACAUUCAAAAUCUGUACAGCAGAAAAUAUACAAAAUUCUCACCAAUACCAUAACUAUUGAAUUAUUGCUAGUAGUAUAAAUUUUUAUAUCAUAGAAAUAUUCCUAAAAAAAUCAGAAAUCUCACGUAAAUGUUCUUCUGGCUCAUGAAGUAUUCAUCGGUGAAAAGGGUGGACUCUAAAACUUAUCCGUUUUUACACUUUUUUUAUGUUAAAAAAAAGCAAGAAAAAUAUGUAAAAAAAAAAGCAAGAAAAAUCUCGUCUAUUUUUUUUUAAAUUUUAAGCUUCGAGUUUCCAGUAAUCAGGAAAUAAAAUGAAAAAUAAUAAAUUAGUUAAAGGUUUUUUUGUGAAGUUUCACAUUUAAUACAAAACUAAUUUGUGCAUUGGAAGAAGAUUUAUUUCGUUCUGAUAGUUGUUAUUAUAAACCUGCCAAUUUUUAUUGAAGUGAAACACUUUUCUAUAGCCAGGUAACGUCAUAGUCGGGAAAGUCAAAUAACAGAAGAGUCUGGAGUUGAUUAAAUUAAUUAAAAAGUAGAAAAGAUUGGCUGAUUGGAAGCUUUUCUCAACAUUAAAUUGUUGUUAGUAGUCAGAGAUCUUUAAUGUUUUCUUGCCAUUAUUUCAGAGUUCUAAUGGUUUUGCAAAGUACUUUUCAGCUACAAUUAUUUACUUUCUUUUUUUUUGAGUAGUAAUUUUUUAUUUAGCUUAAAAAAAGCCUUUAAAUACCAUUAUUUAGGACUUGAAAUUUUCUGGUCGUAUUUAGAAAUUCCGAACGCUUAGCGGUUCUAGUUUUGAUCCCAAACUCGAAAUCUCGGGAAGACUUUUGAUGCCGGCACGCUCGAGUCGUUUAGUGGUCGGUUGCACUUCCAAAGUCUCCGCUUUUCUUUUCAAAAUUAGGCUACCAAUUUAUAUACUUAAUUUUUGAAAUUAUUUUCUUGUAACGUAACACUGCUUUACAAAAAGGCAGAAAGUUCAAGGCAAUCCAAAAAAAAUUGCAAAAAGUGGCGUUGAUGUAUAAUUUUUUUAAAGUCUUAAAAUUUAAAAGUCCUUUUUGAAUUCCACAAAGAGAAAAAAAUAUCUAUUUUUUUCUUAUGAGUAAAAAGCUUUUUUUAGCUAGAACCUCUCCGAAAGAACAAAAAGAAAUAUUGCCUUUGUUUGGGCAGAAAGAGCUGCUUGGGAAAAAGCGAGCGCGAUAAUAAAUUUGUGUAGCCGAAAUGAAGACGGCGAAAGAAAAAAAUUGAAUUUUUUUCCAUUUUCACCAGCAUCUCGAAUUCAAGUGACUUUUUUUUCAAAAAUUAUUUUUUUUUGUUAAAUUAUUUUUAAGAAAAACAAUUUUUUUCAUCCGAAAAGCGAAAAAGGCUAGAAAGUAUCGUAGCGAAAGAAGCUUCGUUAUAUUUGCGUAUCACUAUUAGUCACGGUUUCCAGCUUCAAAUUGAAGUUUAUCAUAAGUUUUCUGAUGAUUUUCACCAAAUCUCGAUUUGAAAAGAACAUUUUUCGCAGAAACUAGUGCUUUGAAUACCCCCGCGCAAUUCAAAUACCAAUUUUAAAGAUUAGAAGCCAUUCUAGUAGUAUUUUAUAUACGUUUGUGCGACAAUGGCUAGAUUUUUUUAUCCAGUCGAGUCUGGAUGAAAUCUCGAAUUUGGAAGGAGAUUAGUUACUCAUUCGGAUGCGGAAUCCCUGAGGAAAUAAUUAAAAAGAAAAGGAUUAUCAGUUGACCCCUCAUACAUGGGAUCGCAGUGUGUCUACUCGCACUCCCUGAGUUCUUUUCUUUCCUUCCUUUUUACUUGAUAGUGGCUAUAAAUGUGUAUACUUUGAUGCAUUAAUUGAACUUUGAAGUUAUUGGUUCAUUCACUAAGUAUUUUUUUACUUUUUUUAAAUCUUAGAGAAGAAAAAAAAGAACCACCAAAAAAAGUUUUCAGUUCUUAGUUUGGUGGAAAAAAAUUUCAACGUCUCCAGCCAAGCAGAAUGUUUAUAGAAAAAGAGCUUGCAGAUAUUUGAGUAAAAAAAUGGUUGGAAUAAUAUGGUAUUUUUUCCUUUCAAAAAAAACCCCCUUAUUCGGUUAAAAUAUGAGCCCUUUUCAAAAUAUGCGGUGUUUCAAGUUUUCUGAAGUCGAGAACGGUGGUAUGGAUUGAAAAAAGUUUAAAGCCGUUCUCAAAUUUCAAUUCAGUCUUUUUUGAGAGUUCAUGAAGCCCCGAAAGUUCAAUUGAAAAUCCUUUAAAUUAAUUCUAGAGUAAAAGAAAAAUAUGAGGCUCGACUUUUUUUCAAGUUCUCUGUAAGAAUAAUAGAUUGAAGGUUUAGUGAACGAAUUUUCUUAGUAUCUGGAAAUUCAGAAGUUCUUCUUCUCAAAUUCAAGAAUCCAAAGUAAAAUCAACGUAGGAAGUAUAAGGCGGAAGUGGAAAAUAAGGGAGUCGAAACCAUUUUUCAAUAUUUAAUGUAUGUUGUUUUGAGCACUUGAAUGCCUCGCGGGGGCCUUUUAAUCUUGCAUUGUGUGGUUUCGCGCCGACGAACGUCGAUCCAAAACUCGAUUUUGGCCUGAAAUUGUUUCCAGUCGUUCAAUCUUUCUCUUUAUUUCCAUUCAAAUUUCAACCCGCUCAAAAGAUCACGCCUCUUCUUCUUUUUUUGCUCUUCAGAAGAUCGCUUUUUAGCUUCUAAAAAAGGUCUCCCACUCUCCUUCAAGUAUGAUUGCCUUUUCUUUUUCUUUUUUUCUACUCCCCUUUUGCCGUUUUGAGAAUAAAUUUGAAAGAAAUUACGACUAUUCAAGAGAAUCUCAUGACGAAAGCAGUUCCAGUGAUCUCACGCCUUAUCAGCGUCAUUUCUCUAUUUUUUGCUCUGUUUUUCCUUAGUUUUAAGAAGUUUCAUUCAGAAGUGCAAGUAUGCUGGUUGUGAAAUUACCCAAUUAUUUUUGAAAAAGUGCAGAAAAGCUCAAAUUUUGAAAACUAGAGAGUAUAGCGAGAAUGGAGGAACGUUUUGAUGUUUUUGCUCGUGGCUUCUCUAGAUUCUUACACAUUUUUGUGCUCAUUUAACUUUUUGAUAAAAGUCAUUUUCAAUUUAUUUUUCGUUCCUGAACCUCGUCUUUGGUGUGUUUCUCAAAUUUUCAAAAAGAAAUGCGAAAGAUACUAGAUUUUUGAGAGUUUUGAAAGAUCGAUAUCCUGAAAUUUCAAUAAAACAGCUAGAUCACAGUAUCAUGCAAAAAUUUCUUCUCAUUUUCGGUGUCAACAGUCCGAAAAAAUAUAUUUCGAUAAUAGGAGAUGAAAUCAGACGUCGGUAGUUUUCCUUGCGUGUCUACGCGUCUCCAGAUUUCUCACACUGUUCAGUUUUUUUUUUUUGGUGAAGUCACUGUAUCAGCCAUUCUCAACAUGAAGUAUAUUCAUUCACAACUCAAUUUUUUGCCUGAAGACGUUAGUUUCGGCAGUUUUCGGCUUUAUCUAUCCCCAGAGCGUUUCUUCAAUCCAACUUUUCCCGGCCGCAUAUUGCAUUUUUUUUUUGUUUCGUUGACGACGACGUGCCGAACAUCGUAAAAAUUCAUGUUGUUCUUUCCUUUGCGUUUUCAUUUCCUUUUCUUUGAAGCCUUUUUGUGGCUAGAAGCCGAUUUCAGAAGUGUGAGAUAAAAUUCGAAAAAUUUUGCUCAUAAUUUUUAGGAUAUUCUUAGGGAAAUUUCCGACCUUAUUUAAAAACUUUGACUGGAUAGAUCUUAUCAAUGCUUGUAGGAAUCUUCCACUCACAAACACAGGACGUUGAAAUGAAUUUUGUUAUAUUAAUGAAUAAAAUAAAAGGAGAUAGUUCAUUUUUUUUUUUUGAAAAGUAGCAGAGGUUAAAAAUACACGAAGAUCCCCUCUGAGGUCAUCUGAAGCCAUAUACUUUUUGCUCGAACUUGGUUUCAAGAAUACGAAGAUCUUUUUUUCGCUAAUGCAGUAGCUAUAAACUUUAUUAUCUUUUUUUCAGAAACUUGAAGCUGCUGGGAAGCUUAACUGAUAUAGAAACUUUUUAUCUUUUUUUAAAAAUUCUGAACUAUCAUGUGACAAAGAUCCGCCUGAAGUUGAAGAAGCCGUUUUUGUAUUUAUUUGAAUCUAGUCUGUUCAGAAAGCCUUUCUAGGGUUUUUUUUAAAGAAACAGAGAAAGUUUCCAUGAAUUUUCAAAUCGAAGCGUCGAUCUCACUAGUCAGCUCUAUUUCGAGCACGAAAUUCUUCAGCUCUUCCGAGACUUCCAACAAGUUUUUUCAUAGAAACUUUGAUCAUUUCGAAAAGCCAAUAGCUUCAUUUUCCACUAUUUUAUCAGCGGAAAGCUAUAAAAAGAUUUUUUGAAAGUUUUCAGCUUCUGUAGAAGAAUAAGCUGAUGUUUUUUUUGCUUAAGAAAAUCCAAAAACAGAGAUCCUUCUGGGUUCGACAGAAGCCAUUUCUUUCCUUUCCUUUUCCGACUAAUGGUAAGCCAUUUCAAAAAUAGGCAAAGCGUGACUUUUUCUGCGGUUUUGCUCUCAAGUCGUUAUCCAACCCAUAAAAGCCGUCACCCCAUUCGGAAAUACGUGCCUGAAAGGUGUCCUUUCUUUCCGGCCAAGGCGAAAAUUGAUUCUCGAAUUUUGUGCUCUUUUCAUAUCUCGUUAUUUUUGGAGCUUUUUUCAAGAGCAGAGAGUUCAAAAACUCUUUAUAUUUGGCUUAUAAUCAGGAGACUCGCUUUGCUUGGAAGUUUAUAAUCUAUUCACAGGGCUUUUUUAUGCUCCAAAAUGUCCUAUUCACAGGGCUUUUUUGGGCAAGACUAUGUUGAGAUACUUAGUUAUAAGCUAAAAAAUAUACAUAUUCCCUAUAAAUAAGCUUUUUCUUCAGCUGGCAGCCACGAUGUCGCCCAACCUGACUCGCCCUACCAGAUAUGUCAAGGUUCAUUUUUCAGUGACUUUGAGAAAUAAAUCGAAAAUUUUGCAGUCGGUUUCUCAGCAACGGAGCGUCAGCUACAUUCAACUCAACCAGUACAAACUGAUGGAAGAAAUCGGCCAAGUAUCACAAAUUCGAAAAUAAACCAUAAGGCUUCUUUCUCAGGGCUCCUAUGGAAUCGUCAAGUUGGCCUACAACGAACAGGACAAGAACCUCUACGCCAUGAAAGUUUUGGACAAGAUCAAGCUGCUCAAAAACUUUGCCUGCUUUCGUGAGUUUGUCAAAUAAGACUGAGUUCCAAAAAAGGUGAUCCCAAAAAGUGGAUUUUGUAUCAUACAUUAAGAAGACUACGGUAGCACAUUGGAAAAAUAGAAUAAAUUGACAUUCUUAGUUUUUUUUCGUUCUCAGAAAAGAUUAAAUCGGAAUUUUGAUUUAAAAAGAUUCUAGUUUUUUUUCUGUCAAAUUUCUAAUUAAAAAUAGGAGGGGGCUUUUUUCAAAUCUUUUUCUCGAUAUCGGCCUUCAAAUAAAAUAUUUAUCAAAAAAAAGCCAAAUACAGGACAACCGCCGCCUCGAAGAAACAAAGAAAACGCGGCGCCGUCGAUUAUGAAGAAUCCCCUGCAGUUGGUACAAAGAGAGAUCGCGAUCCUGAAAAACUUGAGCCAUUCCAACGUCGUCAAGCUGGUCGAGGUCGUGCCCGGAAUCUUCAGUCUUGAUCAACUUCAGCUUUUGACAGGUUCUGGACGACCCCAACGACAACUAUCUCUACAUGGUCUUCGAAUUCGUCGAACGAGGCUCCAUUUUGGAUGUACCCACUGACCGGCCGUUGGAUGAAAAUACCGCCUGGGGUUAUUUCCGAGACACUCUUUGUGGCCUUGAGUACUGUGAGUCGUGGACUUUUGCGGAUCUUCAGAAAAAUCAAGGACUUUCAGUGCAUUUCCAAAAAAUCGUGCAUCGGGACAUCAAGCCGUCCAAUUUACUUCUGUCCGAUGCGGGUCAAGUUAAGGUUGGUCAGGAAAAGUUAUUAUUUUUCAAUGUUUAUCAAAAAAGAAGUUAUACAUGACUUUCUUUUAAAAUUUUUACAAGGACUUUUUUGACAUUACAGGGACCUUUCUGAGUGGUAGGUCUACUAAUUUACGUUUAUUCUGAACUUUUCCAAACAUCUUUUUCAACUUCUCAAACUUCGUCAAAUGGUCUUGGAAGGCUCAGGAUUUUCUAAUAUACUGAAUUGCAUAACGAAAAAUCAUUAAAAUAUCCUUUUUAUUACUUUUCAAAGAUCUGAACGUUCUUUUUCAGAUCGCCGAUUUUGGUGUUUCCUGUGAGUUUGAAGGUAUCGAUGCGUUUUUGUCCGGUACUGCAGGCACACCUGCUUUCAUGGCCCCUGAAGCGCUUAUUGGUCAAAAAAUCUUUCCAUUAUUUAGAAGGAAAUACUACUUUCAGAAGGAACGAAUCAUUUUUAUUCGGGCCGAGCUCAAGAUAUUUGGUCGCUCGGCAUCACCCUCUACGCCUUCGUCAUUGGAGCGGUUAUUGAAUACUUCUAGCCAUUUUGUUAUUUUUCUGUUUCAGGUACCUUUCGUCGACAAUUACAUUAUUGCUUUGCAUAAGAAAAUCAAACACGAUUCGAUUGUCUUUCCUGAAACGUAAGUUCUAUUUUUUAUAUUGCAAAUUUAUACCCACUUGCUGGGAUUCUCAACGUCGGAUUUCAUUGCAAAAAAUAUAUUUGAAUCUGAAAUCUGCUCUAUCAAAAAUGCCAGCAAGUUAUUCUGAACCAAUUUAGAAAACUUCCGAGGUUUUUCCAAUAACGCUGCAAACUUUCAGACCGAAAAUCAGCGAUUCUCUUCAGAACUUGAUCCUUGGAAUGCUAAAGAAAGACCCGGGACACAGAUUGAUGCUCACCGAAAUAAAGGUACAGUUCGACAGGAAAUUUCGGAGCAAUUCAAAAGGACUUUUGUCUACUCAUAAAACAGGAUACUUCUGUUGAAAGUAAUCUCGCUCUAGCUCCUACCUCAAAAUUAGUCAAUCACUGAAAACUAUAUAGUAUGUAACUGUAGAUAAAAAAGUUUUCGAAACAAAAUUCAGCUGUUUUCUGAUCAUUUUCCGCUUUAUGAGUUACGACCUCUGGUCAUUUCUCAAUCUCGAAGUUGAACAAAAAUGAGAUGAGUUCCGUCUCAAGGUGCACGACUGGGUGACCCGCUGCGGAACAGUUCCGAUGCCUUCGGAACAGGAGAACUGUCACCUCGUGACGGUGACUGAAGAAGAGAUCGAAAACUGCGUGAGAGUCAUCCCUCGCCUCGACACUCUCAUCCUCGUCAAGGCGAUGGGUCAUCGAAGAAGAUUCGGAAAUCCCUUCAGGUUCUCCAGAAUCCGUCCUCCUCAUUCCAGAAUCUCGGUGUUCAGAAAGCCGACGCCGACAGUGCCGAUCAGAGACAGGCGAAAAUCGUCUUCGGUCAAGGAUCCGACGUAUUUGCCGCCUCCCGUCGGCCAAUCUGCCUCCAUUCCCCGAAUCGCUGACGAUCUUCUGUUCGUUGUCUUUGCUAUUAACAAUAUUUAUAAAAAUUGUUUAAACGAAAACAAAAAAAAAGCGUCCAAAUACUUUUUGUUUUAAAUUCUAUAUUCAAAUUUUAGUUAUAGAUGGCUAAAUGCAUGAAUGAAACGAAGAGACUGAUCAUUCAACAUUUUAUUAUUAUUACCUUUUUGGAUCACCAUUCUGCGAAAUAUUCGCAAGAUAUAAUUCAACAGGACUUCAAACAGUCUCACCGGUCUGCUCUCUCUUUUCUCUCACCUGCGAGUUUUGAGAAAUGGAAAAUAUCACAUAAACGAAACGGCAGGAGAAAAGAGGCCACAGACAGGCCAGACUGUUUGGAAGUAUUUUGUCUUCCUAAGACCUUAUUUUUCAUUGACUUGUUUCAGAAGUGACCGACCUGAAGUCGAAGGCGUCCAAAUGGACUUCUCCGGUCUCACUUUACGUGCCGACGUCGACAUUCUGCCAAAAGCCGAAUCUGCGAGACAAUGA